AUGGCGCCGCUCUCCUACUCCAAGACGGCCAAGGUGCCCAGAAGACCCUUCGAAGCCGCUCGUCUCGACUCCGAGUUGAAGCUCGUCGGCGAGUAUGGCCUGAAGAACAAGCGUGAGGUCUGGCGUGUCCAGCUCACCCUGUCCAAGAUUCGUCGUGCUGCCCGUCAGCUGCUCACCCUCGACGAGAAGGACCCCAAGCGUCUCUUCGAAGGAAACGCCCUGAUUCGCCGUCUCGUCCGUGUCGGUGUGCUCGACGAGUCCCGCAUGAAGCUCGAUUACGUGCUUGCCCUUAAGGUCGAGGAUUUCCUUGAGCGUCGUCUGCAGACUUGUGUCUACAAGCUCGGUCUCGCCAAGUCCAUCCACCACGCCCGUGUCCUCAUCCGCCAGCGCCACAUCCGUGUCGGCAAGCAGAUCGUCAACGUGCCCUCUUUCAUCGUCCGUCUCGACUCCCAGAAGCACAUUGACUUCUCCCUGACCUCGCCAUUCGGUGGUGGCCGCCCCGGCCGUGUCCGAAGAAAGAAGGCCAAGGCUGCCGAGGGUGGCAGCGGCGACGCCGAGGAGGAGGAGGAGGAGUAG